UGGACCGAAUCCCUCAGCAGGAGGCCUGAACUCCGCAAACACCUGCAAGCGGAGGUGGAGGCCGGACCAGGUCGCGACAAGCGAGCACCACGACAGCGUGCGGGGGGUUCACAUUCCUGCCGAGCGCUCGCCGAGCCGUUCCCACAGCAACAGCCCGGGCGCUCGCUACCGCGCUUGCGCCGCUGUUCGCCCCGCCCCCGGCUGGACGGCGAGGGGCGGGGCGGCGAAGGGGACAGGGCCUGCCGCCUCACGCGGCGCCGGAACUUUUGCGGACCGGGGCUGCAGGUAGUGGGGUACGGCGGGACGCGCACAGAGCCCUCGGCCCCAGUCCCUGAGUCCGCGACAGCGCGCUCUAGGAGCGGCGUGAAUCGUGUGCAAGCCCCUUUCUCCGUCCGCAUCUGCUCCCCGCACGCCCCUCUCGGGCGUCCGCCCUCCGGCGUCCUGGCUGCUCGGGCCGUGGCUGUCCGGGCGGCAGCCUGGCUGCUCCUCUGGGCGGUGACUGGGCGCACCCCCUGGCCCGCCAGGGCCUUCACCGCCCCUUCUGACCCUGGCAUAAGGGCUACUUGUUCUGAAAUUAUUUUGAGGCAAGAAGUUUUGAAAGAUGGAUUCCAUAGAGACCUUUUAAUCAAAGUGAAAUUUGGAGAAAGCAUUGAGGACUUACAGACCUGCCGACUCUUAAUUAAACUGUACAUCCCAACAGGACUUUUUGUGGAUCCAUAUGAGUUGGCUUCAUUACGAGAGAGAAACGUAACAGAGGCAGUGAUGGUUUCAGAAAAUUUUAAUAUAGAAGCUCCUAACUAUUUGUCCAAGGAAGCUGAAGUUCUCAUUUAUGCUAGACAAGAUUCACAGUGCAUUGAUUGUUUCCAAGCCUUUUUGCCUGUGCACUACCGCUAUCAUCGGCCACAUAGUAAAGAUGGAGAAACCUUUAUCGUAAUCAAUAACCCAGAUUUGUUGAUGUAUUGUGACCAAGAGUUCCCAAUUUUGAAAUGCUGGGCUCAGUCACAAGUGGCAGCUCCUUGUGCUUUGAAGAAUAGGGAUAUCUGCCAGUGGAACAAUAUGAAGUAUAAAUCAGUAUAUAAGAACGUGACUCUACAGGUUCCAGUGGGACUGACUAUACAUACCUCUUUAGUAUGUUCUGUAACUCUGCUCAUUACAAUCCUGUGUUCUACUUUGAUCCUUGUAGCUGUUUUCAAAUAUGGCCAUUUUUCCCUGUAAGUUUUAUGCAGUUAAGUGCUUUCUAUAAAUCUAAAUAAGACCUAGUCAUUUGUGACUACAGGCGUUCUUCUAGAAUUUACUUAUUACUUUUGUCUUUUGUCUUCAUUUAUGGAUGAAAUUAUGUUUACCAGAGGAAAUUUUGGGUCAUUCUCAGCUAAUUCCAAAAUUUAGUGCUCUGUUGCGUAGAACCUUGAUAAUCUUCAAGCAUCAAGUGGCGAUAGAGGAAACUUAAUUCUGUUGAAUUAAUAUGUAUUUUGUGAGAAGUUGAUUUUGUCUUCAUUUGGGAUAGAAAAAUGAGUUCUUUAUUUAGUAGAAACAAAUUAUUCCUAUUUUGUGAAUAGAAACCUUUUAAUUUAAGCUAAAAAUUGAAACCACCAUUAUAAAUAAGAAUAAAAUAAUUUGGAUGAAGAUCAGUUUUAUUUAAAUGUAAAUUUCAUAAGAAUGUUAAAGCCACUUUUCCAGAGUUUCAAAGAAAAUCAUUAAAGUAGAACAUCUAGGAAAUUAUUAAUAUCAAAAUUGAUUAUUCCUUUUUAAAGCCCAGGCC